AUGCCGCCACCGGAACUCCUCGCAGAAUUGGAGCUUGGCCCUAUGCUUUCUCCACUACGUGCUACUAGCAACUCGCAGUCAUUGAUGCCGAUCGAGUCCCAACAAGCUCCUUCAACUCCAGCUCCAGUCGACGGUCUUAUUAUCCCUGUCUCAUCAUCUGUCGGCCCUGGCGGCUUCGCGCUUCUAGGCAAUGGCCCCAGCAGCAUCGGCGGUCAUGUAGCUGCCGACCAUGAAAUGAUAGACUUCACCUUCGAUGAGAAUGGCGAAUUCGUUGACCUUGCCGAGGAAUAUGUGAAUGUCGGAACUCCAGCAAGAUUAGGAGGAAGUACUAUGCACAGCGAUGCAGGCGCGAGCGCCAAAGUGAGGCAAGAUCAUGAAGACGGUCUACGCGCAGGAGCCCAGCAAGUCGACAAUCAAAUGGACAUCGACCUCCCUAUGUUUGGGGACGACCUUCCCGAAGGCGAGGCCUUCUCUACUGGCAACGGCAGCCACCAAGACCAGCACUCAAAAGACGUUGUGGAGUUGUCCGAUACAGUGCAGGCCCCGAUCCGCCGCACCAAGCGAGCAGCACGAGUCCUCCCUACCGAUACCACCUUGGAGCUUCGGAACAAGGACCUUUCCGAUUGGAAUGCCAACUACCUGGCUAACAUGAAGGAGGCUUCCAAGCAGAAGAUCCAGCUCCGACUUAGUCGACUCGCGAAGAAGAACGCCGAGUUCUGGAUGUGGGGCUCCGGGAUUGGAGGUAUAGCAGCUCGCAUGCAAGGCGUCAGUGGCCCUACGCCAUUUGAUCGGUUCAUUGGCGACAAUCUCUUUGAGUUUUUUACUGGUGUGAGCCGCAAGAGUGGUGCGCGUUCGAAGCGGGAUCGCGACAGCGGCAUUGACGAAGUGACGCAAGAGGAGUCGCGUCGCGUGCGCCAGAAGACAGAUGGGCUCGAGAACGAGAUCGAACGUGGUCAAGAAGACGAAGGCUUGUUCAUUCCUGGUGGUGAUGAUGUCGAGCUGCCGCGAGAAGAACAGGUACCUCUCGAUGACCAGCAACGCCUCUCAGAAAUGCCCUGGAAUAUCACCGCAUCGGUUCGCGGCUCUUCUGCAGUCCCUCGAAGCGGUCGUGUCGGCUUGACUGGUUCUGCCCCGCCAUCGUCACUCAUGGGUCGCAAUGCCCGCAUGGUCUCUGAAUCACCACUUCAUGGUCGCAGUCGACCAGAUGGAUUGGAUGACCUACAGUUCCUUGCAGAUAAUGAAGGCGGCUUCGGAAACCUCGGCGGAGACGACUAUGUCGGCUUCGCAGGUUCAGGUAUCAGCUCAGACUUGCCUGAAGCAAUGCUCGCCGAAACAAACGCGCGUGUUCGAGAGGCUCUGACUGCGGAGGGCGGCAAUUUCCUGACGUUCGUUGUCGAUGCUAUUGAUGAGAAGCGCAACCGGAUCCAUCGAGGCCUAGAGCCGAAGUCAGAUGACGCUGUCGAUGCGAUUGAUGCCGUCGACGAGGUUUCCUUCGCAGAGGUCAUUCCGCCUCAUGCAAACAGCAAGACGGUUGCGUCUUCGGCUCUCAUGAUGACGCUCACGCUCGGAACGAAAGGCUUGCUCAACGUUCGCCAGGUCAAGCAUUUCACUGAUAUCAACAUGAGUCUCACCGAGAAAGGCAAGGUCGCUCAGUUGGAUAUGCCAAUUCGAAAAGAAUACGGACGUCACGUGGGUGAAGAGGAGGCUGAACAUGACGAAGCUGGGCACUUCGACGAGCAGUUCGUUCCUGUCAGUGAGGAGUCAAAUGAUGAGGAUGAAGAGGAUGAGGGCUCAGUCUUCGGCAAGUGA